GAUAGCGCUAAUCGAAAAGGAACCAAGCGACAUUUGACAAAAAAUGAGUUAAUAGCACCUAUAGAUAGCCAGAUAUUCACUUUAUAUGUGUAAAAAAAUCCGUACGUCUACGGAGCUGCUAGUGACAUCUGUAGAAAAAAGGUCCAAGCGGCAAUCGGUAAAUCGGGCAGUUUUCUUUAAUAUAAAAAGACCUAAGUGGUGGUACUUUGUAAUUUUCUUUAGCUUGAAGGUUUAAAGUGAAAAUAAUAAGUGAAAGAUGAGUGAGCGAUCCAAAUUAAUCCUCAAAAAAGCUCUAUUAGAGCCAAAAUCCAUGGAGGCAACUCCCUUUGAAACGAAUCGGCUUAAAACAAGCAGAAACAACUUGGUAAGUUUUUUUGGUUAGGUUAUUUGUUGGUUUUAAAACAAGUUUUUUAUUAGUUUUACAUUUACUUUUAAAAUAAGUAUUAUAGGUUUAUUCUACACCGAUAGAAAAUAGUUUUUGUAUUAUUUUUAUUACUUUUAACAUGGUAAAAAAUAUUUCGUGGUUGUUGGUUUCUUUUAUAUUUUUGCAAUAAAUGCAACCAAACGACCUGUAAGGAAGUUGAUUCCUUUUAUAAUAUUGCAAAUAUUGUAACCAAACGACAUGCAAGGCGAUUGGUUCCUUUUAUAUUAUUGAAAAUAUUUCAACCAAACGACAUGCAAGGCGGUUGGUUCUUUUUAUAUUAUUGCAAUAAUUGUAACCAAAUGACCUGCUUGGUGGGUGAUUCUUCUUGUAAAAAAUCAGUGUUCAGUGUUUUAAAUGAGUUAUUUAUAUUUUUAACAUUUCUUUUUUAUUAAUAGGAACCAGAUAUUACAAAAAAAGAAAUAGAAUAUCCCACUUUGAGUGCAAAUGAUGAUGAUGUGAACCUAAGGGUACCAAAUUCAGACAAAAUAAUUGUUCAAGAAGUACUCAUCUUACAGAGUCCAGUUGAAAAAAUUACUCAAACUGAACCACCGAAUGUAACAGAAAUCGUCAAUAAUAUAAAUAUAAUAUGGAGAAAGUUCUAAUGACAAAAACAUUAUUGAAGAAAAUAUAGAAAAUGUAUUUGGCACAAGAACAAAUAAUUUAAACGUUAUUGUUGAAGAAGUUCCGUACGUUGAAGAACAAUAUAUUUUACCGCUUGUUAAUCACACAACUAUGAAUAACCACAAUGAUAAUUCGCAGGAGUACCUUGAGGGUGAAAAUUCAGAUGACUCCGUUAAAGAUAGGGACUAUACACCUAAUGAAUCAGACGGGAGUAGUUCAGAAGACGUUGAAAAUGGAUUUAAUGAGGAAGAUCACAUUAAAAAAAAGUUAAUCGAGGAGAAAGAAUCCUGGAAAGGCAGACCUAAAAAAGGAAGAAAUCCGAAAUAUCCUGGACAAACAUUUCAAACUAAAAAAAAAAUGAAAGAUUCCAAUUUAACUCAUUAUACUGUUGGAGGAAAAAUUAGAGAGGCCAAACAGUUUAUUGAUUACAAAUGUACAUGCAUAAAAAAAUGUGACGAAAAUGUAAGCAGAGAUGAGAAAGAAAUAUGUAAUAAAAAUUUUGGAAUUUAGCUUCCUAUGAUUUACAAACUGGUUACAUCGGAGCAACAGUAAAAGAAAUGCCAAUUAAAUGAAAGCGAACAAAGGCAACAGGUAAAACCUAUACGAGGAGGUAUAUGAUUGGAGAAAAUGAAGUUUGUCGAGAUACCUAUAUAAAAACUUAUCAAAUAUCCUCGAAAAGGGUAAAUACUGCAUUAAAUAAAAUACGUGUCUCGGAUGUAAAAGAUAACCGAGGAAAACAUGGACGAAAAGCACCAAUACCCGAAGAAACAAAAACCCAAAUAAUUGAGCAUAUAAAGAGAUUUCCUACUUAUAUCUCUCACUAUUCUCGGUCGGAAAGAGAAACAAAAUUUUUGCCAUUCGAUUUAACACAAAAAAAUGUAUGAACUUUAUCUAGAAGAAAAUAAUCCAAAGGUUAGUUUUCAAUCUUACCAAAAUAUUUUUUGCAUGCAUUUUAAUCUCAAACGCAAACCUCCAAUAAAAGACACAUGCAACAGCUGUGACAUGUACUUUGCAAAAAUUAAAAAUACACAAGACGAAAAUGAAAAAAAAACUUUGAAUGAGUUGCAUGAUAAUCAUCUGAAAAAGGCAGAAGACGCUAGAAAUCAAAUGCAGAUAGAUUUUAAAGAAGCAACUACUAAUCAUACUCUGGAGACCCUGUCAUAUGAUAUGGAAAAAGUAUUAGGAUUACCAAAACUUUCAACGAAUAUAGUUUAUUACAAAAGACAAUUAGGUAUUUACAAUGAGGGAAUCCACUCUGCUUCAACUAAUACUCCAUAUUGCUUUUUGUGGAAAGAAGGUGUUGCUGGCAGGGGUGCACAAGAAGUGGGUUCCUGUUUAAAAAAAUAUAUCGAACUAUAUCUCAAAAAAGGUGUCGAAGAACUUAUUUUGUGGUCAGAUAGUUGCGGUGGUCAGAACCGCAAUAUUAAAAUUGUCCUAUUACUAAAAACAACUUUAAUGGAACACCCUACGUUAAAGACGAUCCAAUUAAAAUACCUUGAAUCCGGACACAGUUUUUUGCAGAAUGAUACUGAUUUUGGACAAAUAGAACGUGGAAUUAAAAAUCAGGUUCGACUUUACACCAUGGAAGAUUUUGUGAGCGUAAUCAAAAGUUGUAAAAAAACUAAUAAAUUUGUAAUAAACCUAAUGGAGAGCCAAGAUUUUUACUCUACUGGAGACUUGGAAAAAAAUAUUAUAAACCGAAAAUUAUCUACUCAAAAAAAAAAAUAAGUUGGUUAAAAACAAAAAUAAUCAAAUUAGAGAAGUCAAAACCUUUUUCAAUUUUUUUAUGUGAAUCUCAUUCAUCUUCUGAAUUAAUGUUUAAAGAAAUAGAUAUUUCAAAAAUCGUCCGACGUCAAAACCCAUUAUCUUUUAAUCCAGGAAAUUUAAAAGUACUUUAUCCGAAUGGAAAAGCUAUUUCAAAAGAGAAAUGGAAUGACAUUAAGUCUUUAUUCCAGUUUCUUCCAAAAGCUGCCCUUCAAUUCUACAAAAUUAAAACUUAAAGGAUUUUGAGGAUGAUAUUGAAGGAUUUGGUUCCUUGCCUGACUUUGAUUUGGACGCAGAAGAAAUUUAAUGAAAGACAUAUUUUAGCAAAACUUACGUUCCUAUACUUAAAUAUUAGUUUUAAAAUUUAAGUAUUUGUUGUUUGUUUAGAAUUUUUAUAUAAUGAGUUUUUUAAAAUCUUUUUAUUACUAAUCUUAAGAAUAAGAAAAUUAACGCAGAUUUUUGUGAAAGAGAGAUUAGGAAAACUGUUAAGUUCCUACACUUGAGUAUUAUUAGUUUUAGAAGUUAGAGUUUUUUGGUUUUUUAAAAUUUUUUGAUUUUAUGAGUUUUAAAAGAUUUUCUAUUAUUACUUAAAUUAAGAAUGCGAAAAUAACCAAAAAUGUAUUUUUUUUAAGAUUAACUAGGUAAAACCAUACCUAUACUAUGAGUUUUAUUUUUAUAAAGUUUAAAGUUUGGUUGAAAUUUUCGAGAUUUGCAUUGCCUUAAAAGUAAAUAUAUAUUUUUACCAAAAAUAUCGUACUUCUUAUUUCCAUGCUUCUAUAGAUUAAGGGUUUUUUGAUUAAAAAGUAUUUACUUUUUUUUAAUAAUAAGUAUUUUUUUUCUAAUAUGAACAGUUAGGUAAAAUUUCAAGAAAGAACCAAUCCAUAUUUUCUUCAUCUCUAAACAGAACCAUGAGUCUCUUAGUUCCAUUUACACCAGUAAGUAGUUUUUCUGAAAUAAUUCAAAAAGAUCCAACCACCAAAACACUGUCAAAAAACAAAAAAAGUUAACUUAUGAAAAAAUAAUUCAAUAGUGGCUAAUAUUUGCUUUCUAACGCGGUAUCAUACCUUAAAAUGUAUUUAAUAUCUUGGAAGCUACAAGGAAAAACAUUUUUUAUUUUUGUAACCUCAAUUACUCAAAAUAAUCUUUUGGCGGUUGGUUCCCUAUCGAUUAGCGCUAU